AUAGAUAGCUCUUAAAAUUAGUAGAAGGUGCAUACGCAAUAACAGAUGGUUGAAUAACAAAAAGUGAAAAAAGACAUUGCACUAUUUGUAAAGAAGAGCCUAGCCACAGCUCAGUUCUAACAAGAUGAAGUCAACGCAAGCAAAAGAAGAGAAGACUCAACUAAUGUUGUCUCUUUCAGAGGAAGCUCCUUUUCUAAUAAAAACAAAGACGACGACCAAAUUUAAGUUUCAAAGGAACAGAUUCGUCUUCAACGGUGCUUCUGCAUCACCAGAGGACACACUAGCUACCGCUAUUCGAGCGGCAAAGGAAUGGGAACAAGGCUCACUCCUACUCAGGCAACGCCAUCGGCGACUGAAGCGUGCACCGCUGCUACCUUCGUUCGCUCUGAUGCAGCCUGGAGGAAAGGAAGAUAAGAAAGCCGGGCUCGGCUGGACAGUGAAGACAGAGAGGUUUGAAAUUAGAAGGAAGAAACCCCACGGGCACGUAUCUUCACCCCUCGUUGCAGAAGGACUAGCCAUUCGGGAAGCUCUGUUGUUCUGCAGAGAGCAUAGUUUGAACGACAUUCUCCUAGAGUCUGAUUCAGCACAGCUGAUAAAAGCAAUAAACCAAAAGGAAUGCAUCGCGGAGGUGCAUGGGAUUCUCUCGGACAUUCUCCACCUGAGCGGACUCCCCGACGUUUCGAUCUUGUUUUCUUGGAUCCCUAGAGAUAAAAAUCUUGUUGCUGAUUCCUUAUCAAAGGAAGCACUUUGUAUGGUUGAGGGUGUUAUUGCCCCUACCUAACUCUUUUCGUUUGAAGUUAAUGAAAGUAGUGUUCAAAAAAAAAAAA